AUGGAAAUAAAAGUUCACAAUAAUAAUGUGGAAAAAGCACUGAGAGAUUUGAAACGGAAACUCCAGACGGACGGCUCUAUCGCAGAUCUUAGAAACAGACGUUUCUAUGAAAAGCCUUCUGAAAAAAGGAAUCGAAAACAGAAAGAAGCAAAAAGAAAGAGGGCAAAGGCUCGGAACUUUGAACGUUAG